AUGUCCUCCUCAAGCGCGAAAAUCACCCUGAAUACCCCUGCCGACUGGAUCCUAUGGAUCGACCAGCUGCACGCUGACGAAGAAGCAGAAGAAGUCUCAGAGCACGCCGAUCCCGGUGAGCCUGCCCUGGAAGCAGCAGAAGCGCUCGGGCACCAUAACGCUGAAGCGGACGCGCCUAAGCAAGUGGAAGGGCAAUACACGGGAGCGCGGUUUGAGCCCUUUCCGACGCCGGAGGCGUCGCCUCCCACAUCCUUUCUCGCGGUGCUCACCGAGCUCGACGUGAGGGGACGUCAAGACAGCCCACGAAGGGAUCGCGUUGUGCCUGGCCAGCCGCGCGCCCCUGAGAGGGUUUCCGAGGCAACCUUCACCGUGAAAUCCGGGAAUGACGGCGCGGAUGAAGGCCCUUUGGAAGACCAAGUUACAGGUCAGCAAGAGGCAAGUGAAUCCCAGGAAGGUUGCUCCGUGGUAGAAGCGUUUGAGACAAGUGAGCCCAGCUCCCACAGAGACCGGAGCCAGACGCUCGUAGAAGAGACGAAGGAUCUCAGAGCGCGCGGUAACCGGGAUGUGGUGACUGCGUUGGCGCCGACCGAGCUCCGCUCCCGCGUGGAAGCGCAAGGCCGAAAGAAAGGCGCCUACUAG